ACGCAGUCCAACGAGAACCCCCAGUCAUCGCUCCGAGCCGCAAAAUUUGAGGGGAAGAGAAGACCGAGUGCUAGGAUUAGGGUUUGCAGAGCAGAGGAAUCAGAAAUGGCAUUGCGUCAAUUCUACAACGAGAUCAAGGGGAUGAAGGUGAAGGAGCUGCCGAACCACUUGAAGCCCAUGUUCUCCCUCGAUUACGUGAAGAAAUCGGUCCAGAGAGGAUUGGACAACUACCAUGCCAAGUACAUCCAGACCAGCUCGAUCGAGCCUCUGUUCCAUGUCUGCUUCGGCGGCAUGAUCUUCUCGUACCUCGUCGCCCUUCCCGAGGAGCGCCGCCACCUCGAGCACCAGCAGCACGCCAAGGAGCACGGCGGCCACUGAUCGAUCCGCAACCGAUUGUUCUUUACUUUGAGGACGGCUUUGUGAGGGCUCGAAGAUGGUUGAAUUCCUUUGCUCAUGUCAGCGUUUUUUCAAAUUCCUGAAUAUUAGAUGGGGAAAUGUACUUUCUCUCAGCAACCAAGCAUUUUGAAAAAUAAUGAUAUCGGUCCGAUUCUCUUUCCGGUGGAUUUAUUUGCAUGUGUAGAACAAGUUUGGUCUAUCUACUACAUUGCUUGAAUAAGUUGAAACUCUCUGCCCUUACACUGUA